AUGUUUAAGGCCAGUGGUUACACAUGGAGAUUAAUUUUGUACCCGAAUGGAAACGCAAGAAGAGGGGGUGGAGGACAUAUAUCGCUUUACUUAGCCAUAGAGAAGACAGACUCGCUUCCUCUUGGUUGGGAGGCAAAUGUAACUUACAAGAUGUUUGUGUUUGAUCACAAUAAGGAUCGAUACCUGACCAUUCAAGAUGAGCCGAGGCAUCAAAUUCGACGGUUUCAUCGCGCCAAGAAAGAAAGUGGUUUUGACAGAUUGAUAACAUUAGAGACUUUCAAUGCUGCAGCAAAUGGUUAUCUUAUUGAUGAUUCUUGUGUAUUUGGCGUCGAAGUUUUUGAGGUUAAAGAUACUGGAAUAGGUGAGACUAUAAAGAUGAUUGAGGAUCCCCUAGAAGUCACUUUCGACUGGAAAGUAUGUGAGUUUUCCAGAGUCUGCAAAGAAAAGCUUAACGGUGAAAAUCUCAUUUCAGAGGAAUUUACAGUUGGAAAAAGCAAGUGGUAA